AUGGAAUUUGGUGGAAGAUGGAUCAAUAAGGGAAAGGGCAAGGCAAAUGAAAGCAAUGUGCUUUGUUACUGUGGGUUGGUGGUGAAGAUAUCUCAAGUUUGGACAGACAAAAAUCCGGGUCGAACGUUCUAUGGGUGUGAAAAAUUCAAGAGUGGAGGUGAUUGCGGGUUUUUUCAAUGGUUCAAUGAGGGAGAAGCUUUUGGAUGGCAAAAGAAAGCUUUGAUUGAAGCUAGAAACGAAAUUUGCCAGAAGGACAAGACUAUUAUGGGAUUGAAGAAGACCAUUUCGAUGCUUCAAAGUGAAUUGGCCAAAAAUGCCAAAGUGGAAGAAGACAUCAUUAACGCCUUUCUCAAGCUCUAA